GGGGCAUGGCCUCUGGGUGACUGGGCCUGAUUCUUUCUUGGGUUUUGUUUCUGUCUCCCCUCCUCCCCUGUCCCCUCCUCCCUUCUGCCACCACCCACCUCAGACUUCCUCCUUCACUUGCCUGGACGCUGCGCCACGUCCCACCGGCCCUUACAGUGUGGUGUCCAGCAGCAUCCGGCUUCAUGGGGGGCCUUGAACCCUGCAGCAGGCUCUUGCUCCUGCCUCUCCUGCUAGCUGUGGGUGGUCUCUGUCCUGUCCAGGCUCAGGCCCAGAGCGAAUGCAGCUGCUCCGCGGUGAGCCCGGGCGUGCUGGCUGGAAUCGUGCUGGGGGACCUGGUGCUGACAGUGCUUAUUGCCCUGGCGGUGUACUUCCUGGGCCGGCUGGUCCCUCGGGGGCGAGGGGCUUCGGAGGCAGCCACACGGAAACAGCGUAUCGCUGAGACCGAGUCGCCUUAUCAGGUGCUCCAGGGUCAGGGAUCUUGA